AUGGUCUAUUUCUUUACAUCCAACGUCGUUUCGCCGCCCGCAUUCAUCUAUGUCGGCAAGGACAAGACGGAGAAUGAGGAUCUCAUAAAACAUGGUCUGGAGUGCGAUGUCUGUGCCCACGUUUAUCUCCGGCUAAGAGACGGCGAGACAUGGGACAAUAUCCCUGAAGAUCUGCUUACGGACUGCGCGCAGCUCACAAAAGCAAACUCCAUUGAAGGAAAUAAAAAGGACAAUGUGACUAUAAUAUACACGCCGUGGUCAAACCUACACAAAACUGCUGGCAUGGCGAUUGGCCAAGUAGGUUUCCACAACCCAAAACUCACGCGUAAGGUUCACGUCGCCGUCCGACAAAACCCCAUUAUCAAUCGCCUUAACAAGACGCGCGUUGAGAAGUUCCCUGACCUACGCCAGGAGAAGGAGGAGUACUUGAGCAAAAUUAGACGGGAAGAGCGGAAGCUGCGAGAGGAGAAGCGGGCUGCAGAGAAGCUGGAGAGGAAGCGGAGGGAGGAGCUGAAGUGGCAGAAAGACCAUGCGUAUGAUGAUUUUUUGAAUGAGGAGAAUAUUCAACACAGCAGCAAUCAAGAUCGAGACCCGGACUUUUUGGAUGAUUUCAUGUGA